GAGAGAGAGACGGAGUUAUUCACAGGCUGAAACAAAGCAGUGGCAGAUUAUCUGCACAAACGUCGGCUGAACACCGAGUGGGCGACACUUCCACCUGUGAGGUUCAGGACACACGGCCGUGAAAACACCUGUCGCCCACCUGUGUCUUAUUUCCUCCCUUUCCCGCCUUUAGAAGCAGUUCCCCCUCGGAGAAACAACCAGACUCACCUGGUUUCCUGCUUCUACUGGUCAUGACUGCUCACAGCUGCUGGUCCGUCACCGCACCAGUUAAAUGAACCCUGAGCUACUGGACCUCCUGGCGCCUCGCUCUAAGCUCUAACACCGGGUCAUGUGACUCUCUGAAGGCUAAUCACUCUGCUGAUAACCAUGAAUCGGCGGGACACUGGCGGUGGGGGCCGCAUUGUGUCUGUAACCAGUCAGCUCAUGGAGAUAAUUCAAGCUGUCAAAGUAAAUAUUUAAUCCAAUUAUUCCAAAAGAAACUAAUAAGAUUUGACAAAAUGUGGAACCUGAGGUUUGUUUGGAUGAAGAGCGUCGACGUGAAGCUUCAUGUGCUUUUUAUCACUAAAGCAAGAAGCUUUGUUUGCAGAUGUGACCUCUGCAGUAACGAGUGUGGUCCAUGCUAGCUUCUGAUUACAGUGUUUGCUAAUGUGCUAGCUCCUCACGUAAAUCCAGUCUGAUAAAGUUAAAGUUGUCAAUGUUUUUAACAAGCUACAGCUUCAUUAACAUCUGGAAACACCUGGAGAUGGUUUGUCUGCUUCACUCGUGGGAAGAUGUGAGGGAGAUUGUGUCAUGAUGAAUGAUGAAUGAGCAAAAUCUAUAAUUCAGAAUAUUCAUUUCAAAAUCAAUAAUUUUCAGUUCAGUUUUAGAUUUCUCUUGAUAAAGUAGCAGCUACAGUUUGGUAAAUUCUCUUUAAUUCCUUUUCAGUAAAUCUUAUUUUUCAUCCCUAUUUAUAUAUUAAUUGUAUAUUUAUACAUUAAAAUAUAUCAGACUGUUGUUCAUUUCAUUUCCAGUCCCAGUGUGAGAUCACAUUGACUGGGGGAAGUGAGGACGUCAUAAUUAUUCAUAUAUUUCCAGUACGGUGAUGAAGAUCGUAUUGUGGAUGUUUUAUCGGAGCGGGAGUUUUUGGUUUCGUUACAUCACUAAUGUCACACAGAAGCUUAUUUUUAACUGUUAUUAAUGUUUCUUGAUAUUAUUAUUUCUUAUUUCUAGUUUGUGUUGCUGUUGAAGUGUAUUGCAUUAUACAGGUGUUUUUAUAUUCUGUCCACCUCACUUAUUUCAAUGAGAAUACACUAACUAUCAGAAACACUUCAAUAUGUAGUUUAAUUCAAUUUCUCACUUUAUUGAUAUUUACUUACAAUAGUCUGUCUCUGCUGUAACAUAAAGUCUUAUUUUAAAAGAGACAGUCAUUCACAAACUUCACUCCUCCCACCUGUGAGGUGCAGUUCCACCUUUACUCCAUGUUCACCAGAGGAAACCCUGCUGUUUCACAAUAAAAGCAGAGAAAAACAGAGCUGCAGUGAGAGGAGGAGCAACACAGGAAACAAAGGUCAGCGUCAACGUCUCACUCCAGAAAUGAAAGGAAAGUCUGUCAGAGCAACAACUGAGCUGCAGCGGAGACGAGUCUGUUUCUCUCUGACAGAAAAUUAAAGUGAGUCCAUCAGGUCUUUGUCAACAACACAGCAGAGUCUCUACCAAACACUGAUUGUCUGUCGACAUGGCUUCUGCAAACCAUCUACUAUCUGAAGAUCAGUUCCUGUGCUCCAUCUGUCUGGAUGUGUUCACUGAUCCAGUCACUACACCAUGUGGACACAACUUCUGUAAGAACUGCAUCACUACACACUGGGACAUUAGUGACAGGUGUCAGUGUCCCAUGUGUAAAAAGGUUUUUAAAAGAAGACCUAAGCUUCACAUCAACACUUUCAUCUCUGAGGUGGUUGCUCAGUUCAAACAUGAAGCUCAACAGAAAACCAGCAGCAGCAGCUCAGAGCAACAAGUUUCCAAACCAGGAGAAGUUCCCUGUGACGUCUGCACUGGAACCAAACUGAAGGCCCUGAAGUCCUGCCUGGUGUGUCUGACCUCCUACUGUGAGACUCACCUGGAGCCUCACCUGACAGUGUCAGGCCUGAAAAGACAUCAGCUGAUCGACCCUGUGGAGAACCUGGAAGACAGGAUGUGUACGAAGCACGAUAAACCUCUGGAGCUGUUCUGUCAGACCGACCAGACAUGUGUCUGCAUGCUCUGCUCUGUUUUAGACCACAAGACACAUGAGUUUGUUCCUCUGAAAGAAGGAUAUGAAGGAAAGAAGGCAGAGCUGGAGAAGACAGAGGCUGAAAUUCAGCAAAUGAUCCAGAAGAGACGAGUGAAGAUUCAGGAGAUCAAACGGCUAGUCAACUUCAGCAAGGAAAAAGCAAACGGUGAGAUAGGAGAAGGUGUUCGGGUCUUCACUGCUCUGAUGGAGUCUGUCCAGAGAAGCUUGAAUAAUCUCAUUGACGAGAUCGAAGACAAACAGAAAACCACAGACAAACAGGCUGAAGACUUCAUCACAGAGCUGGAACAGGAAAUCUCUGAGCUGAUGAAGAGAAGCACUGAGGUGGAGCAGCUCUCACUCUCUGAAGACCACUUCCACCUCCUCCAAAGCUUCCCAUCCCUGAAAGCUGCUCCACCCACCAAGGACUGGACAGAGGUCAGAGUCCGUCCAUCAUCAUAUGAGAGGACUGUGGUGAGAGCUGUGGCUCAGCUGGAGGAGACGCUCAGUGAAGAGAUGAAGAAGCUGUUUGAGGCUGAGCUGAAGAGGGUCCAGCAGUAUGCAGAGGAUGUGACUCUGGAUCCUGAUACAGCCAGUCCUUAUCUCAUCCUGUCUGAUGAUGGAAAACAAGUGAAUCAUGGGGAUGUGAGGAAGAAUCUCCCAGACAACCCAGAGAGAUUUUCUUACUAUGUUAAUGUCUUAGGAAAGCAGAGUUUCUCUUCAGGCAGAUUUUACUUUGAGGUUCAGGUUAAAGGAAAGACUGACUGGGAUUUAGGAGUGGCCAGAGAGUCGAUCAACAGGAAGGGAAAAAUCACACUGAGCCCUGAAGAUGGUUACUGGACGAUAUGGUUGAGAAAUGGAAAUGAUUACGAUGCUAAUGCUAGCCCUCCAGUCCGUCUCUCUCUGAAGUCUCAGCCUGAGAAGGUGGGGGUGUUUGUGGAUCAUGAGGAGGGUCUGGUCUCCUUUUAUGACGUAGCUGCUGCAGCUCUCAUCUACUCCUUUACUGGCUGCUCCUUCACUGGGAAACUCUACCCAUUCUUCUGUCCCUGUAAUAAUCAUGGUGGUAAAAACUCCGCCCCUCUGAUCAUCUGUCCUGUCAAUCAAACUGAGUAGACUAAUAACUUUAGUUAUUUUACGAUUUGAUUUAUUUUAAUUCCAGGGAACAAAUGUACAUAUUUUAAUUACUUUGCAAUUCAUAUUAGGGAUCGACCGAUUAUCAGCCUGGCUGAUUAUCGGUGAUAAUAUACAGCAUUUUCUGAUUACCGGUAUCAUUAUGUUUUUUUAACCAAUAACCGAGAACAUAAAACAUCUCUGAGUAAACUUGUUACUGCGUUAUAUUUUAAAAGGGGAGGGACAGUUGUUGAUGGUCAUUGUGGAGGAUGUAGUGUGUGGAGCUGUGUUACAUUAUACAGUGUGUCUGUUAUUUACUUACAUUUACUGAUAUAAAUGGGGUGGACAGAAUAAUAGUAACACCUGAACGCCAUGGUGAGUGUCCUUAUACAGCAGUAGUUCUGUGUUGACAUAUCGGUUCCAAAUAUUGGUUAUCGGUCUCCUUGAUAACCGAUAAUCAGUAUCAGCCCUGAAAAAAACAUAUCGGUCGAUCCUUAAUUUAUAUCUUGUUAUUUUCUACAGAAUCUGAUUACUGCAGUGACUUUGUUGUAAGAUUAUUUUAUGUAUCCCAUUACACAGGCAACACUUUAGUUUGAUGCCUCGUCAACCCUGCAGUAGUCACCAAUGUGUCAGUCAUGACAUCGGGGGUUGACCAUUUUUUCAGGGUCGAUUCCGAAAAAGAUUAUUAGUAAACAAAAAAUACCAAUAAUCAUAAAAAUGCUGAAUAUGGCAUCUGAUAUACGGCCAGGCCGAUAAUCAGUCGAGCCCUGAUGUGUAACUAUAGAAAAUGUAUUGUUAAGUGCAGAGGUUACAAAUGGGUGGAUCACUGUCCUGGUCCAGACCCAGAUGGCAAACUGUCCGGACCUAUUACCUUUAAAUGAUUAAGAACUACAAUCAACAUUUUGGACCUUUGCUAUUUCGUACAAAAUGCAGUCUGUGUCAUUGUUAUUCAAGUUGUAAAAAGCUCAUGGACAAAGGUAAUUAGCUGAAUGCUAAUUACUGAUUAAGUACUGGUUACUUUGGACUAUUUUCUUUUGAUUUCUGAAUACUGGUAAAAUGGAUUGUGAUCUAAAGGAAUCUGUAAAUACAUGAUUGUAAAAUAAACUUGGUUGAUGUUGAAGACUUGAAACACGAGGCCUGAGUGAACGGUGAUCUGAGCACCACACACUGAAAAGAAAAGCUCAUUUUACACAUAACUGGUACAAAUUUCUUCACUCUUUUAUUUUUAAGAAGAUCUCAAUCCUGGUGGAUUUGGUGAAAACAGUAUGGCUAAUGAAUGAAUUUUGGAAUAAUUCACUGUCACAUUGUCCACCACCAUUUAUAUCAGUGAGGCUAAAUUACAGAAACAACUCUCAGUACCUUUAGACCAGGUGCAUCACUGUGGAAGUUGGAGGAUAACAUGCAGUAACAUAAACACUUUUUUGUUUUACAUUGUAUUUUAUUGGUUUAAUCACUAUCCAGUUACGCAAUGUUAUCAAUAUUUA